AUGAUCCCCUUUGUGCCUCUUCACAUGCGCCAGCUGCUCUACGACUGGAGAGAGCCUCCACCUCCCACUGUCCCAGCGUUACAGCUUCCGACCGUCAUUUUCGUCUGUCCGAGGCAGUUCUACCCAUCUAAAAAGGGGCCCAUUGGGCUUCCCGACAGCUUCUUGGAAACCAUGCUCUCAACAGACAUGACCAGAUACGGAGGCUACGUUCGGGACCGGCUCUACAACUGUCUCGUCAGCCAGCUUGAUCUUUGUCACGACGAUCACACCCUCGAGGAGUACAUCGUCGCACAUGUGUCGCUUCCUCUCAACCAUGUUCAACCCACAUACCGCAGUCGUUUUUCGUGGACGGCCCGUCUAUUAGCCCCAUCCUCCCUCAUACCUGUGGGCUCCAUCGAGCUCCGACCCCUCCUUCCCAGCACGGUGAUCAUUCCCAACCAAGACCUCGGCCCCCCUCACUUGAUGGAGGGCGACCAGGUCAAGGUUCGAGAUGCAAGCUACCGCCCACACGAUAUCCACUGUAGAGUGCUCCGAUCCAGCGUGAGGGCCCCACACGGACAGCCCGUAUCGCUUUUGCAGUUCGUCGCGGCGAUGGCAGUUGUGCACAAUAUGCACCAGGCGUCCGUCCAAGGCACCUACAGCGACGGUUGGUUUGCACGGUCGGUGUGGCACCUCGCAGCACACCGCGACCCGGAAGGACCGCCCCCCAUCGCCGACAGGGGCCCCGUCUCGAGCACCGCGUACGCAGCCACGCCGUCGUCUCCAACACGAGCCGAAAUCAUGCGGCACCUCUUCAGCCGCGGCACGGGCUCUUCCAUCGCGGCGGACCCGUCGGAGAAGCACGCUGUGACGCGGAUCAAGGAUUGGGAGGAGAACAGCCUGGUCGUCGAACACCUGCCUAGGCUGAGGCGCAUGCACAUCCACCUCGUCGCGUCGUGGAAGAACCUCCGGGACGCUACGAUCACUAGAAUCUCCACCUCCUUCUCCGCAAGGUCGAUCUGCUCCAGGCUGGGGACGUGCUAUAAGGACGGGCUGUGCAUAUCGCCGCUGAGGCGGGCAAUUCUGGAGCUCGAGGUGAUGAUAGCUGGAGAGAAGGGAUGGGAGGAGGGUUUGAAGGAGGGCGGGGUGGAGGAGGGGCGGAAGCGAUGGGUUGAGGGGAGAGAGAGGGUUAUAGGCAAUCUCAGGAGGAGAGUUGACGAAGGCCGCGUGGAGAGGUGGGAGGGGCGUAGUUUCAGUUUCUGA